UAUAACCACAACCAAGAUUCAUCCCCAUCCCCAUCCCCAUCCUCCCUUCACGCCAUGCAGGUUGUGAGAUGAUGAACAGCCACUCUACCAGAUAUUUAGAGACCAGACCGCGAAGAAACUCCUCGGGAUCUAGCUCAAUUAGUCACAUCAUCACUACUCCCACCUCCAGCACUCCCUCGCUAUCCCCUACCUCCGAUAUGCCUUCCAACCUCGAGGACUUGGGAGAGGGUGUUCGACAUGUACACAUCAAUGCCGAUGGAGGGAAGCCCAAGACUCGCACGGCACAUGGCCGCAAGGCUUCGUCUCCCAUGAUGCCUGCUUUCAUUGUUUCUGCACCUGGAAAAGUUAUUGUGUUUGGAGAACAUGCCGUGGUACAUGGAAAGGCCGCUAUAGCUGCUGCGAUCUCUCUACGUUCAUACCUUCUCGUGACAUCCCUUUCGAAAUCGAGGCGAACAAUCUCUUUGCGAUUCCCAGACAUCAAUUUAUCACAUACCUGGGACAUCGAUGAUCUCCCAUGGAGCACAUUUUCGCACCCUUCCAAAAAGAAGCAUUACUACGAUCUGGUGACAGAGCUCGACCCAGAGCUUGUCGCUGCCAUGAAACCACAUCUUGCCAACGUCUCGCCAGGGGCACCAGAUGAAGUUCGCAAGGUGCACCAAAAUUCGGCGUCAGCAUUCUUAUAUAUUUUCCUGUCGCUGGGAUCGCAGUCAUUCAACGGCUGUCUAUAUACACUCCGUUCGACUCUACCAAUAGGAGCAGGGCUGGGAAGCAGCGCCUCGAUAUCUGUUUGCCUGUCGUCUGCUCUGCUUCUGCAGAUACGCACACUCUCUGGCCCUCACCCGGACCAACCUGCGGCGGAAGCCCUCCUCCAAUUGGAAAGAAUAAACAGAUGGGCGUUCGUGUGCGAGAUGUGCAUUCACGGCAACCCUUCAGGCGUCGACAACACCGUUGCGACGCAAGGAAAGGCCGUCGUCUUCCAGCGCUCCGACUACAGCAAACCACCAGUCGUCACUCCGCUCUGGAACUUCCCAGAGCUACCCCUCCUCUUAGUCGAUACCAAGCAGCCCAAAUCCACCAAGGCCGAGGUCGCCAAGGUGGGCGAUCUUAAGAAGGUGCAUCCCGAAGUGACCGGGGCAAUCCUAUACGCGAUCGAUCAAGUCACCAUCAGCGCGGCGAAUCUGAUUACAAGUGGGCAGUACGAUGAUGAUGAAGAGGUUGGGCAGGCGCAUCUGGGCAAGAUGAUGACUAUCAAUCAUGGUCUGCUCGUUGCCUUGGGCGUUUCGCACCCGAGACUCGAGAGAGUACGAGAGCUGGUCGACCAUGCGGGCAUUGGAUGGACAAAGCUCACUGGUGCCGGCGGUGGGGGGUGCGCCAUCACGCUUCUGAAGCCAGAUAUAUCAAAAGAGAGGCUUCGUCAGCUAGAGCAAGACCUCGACGAUGAAGGAUACGGGAAGUUCGAGACAACCCUCGGCGGCGAUGGAGUUGGCGUUCUCUGGCCCGCGGUCCUGAAAAACGGGACCGACGAGGAUGAUGAGGGGGGUGUGGAGAUCGACCAGGAGAAGUUCCUGAAUGCGGUGGGUAAUGAUGGCGUUGAGAGGCUGGUGGGUGUGCAUGGCAAGGAUGGGGAGAGGGAGAGCUGGAAGUUUUGGAGGGUGGAUGCGAAUUAGGGGAAAUAAUUAAACUUAAUGGGAAAAAAUGGGGGGGAGGGGAAUAGGCAUCUCGGG